UUGAACAGUAGUUCCCAUAGCUCUGGAAUGCCGUGUUCACAACAGAUCUCUAAGGUGAAAUUUGAUUGAAAACCUAAUUCAAAUCAACAUCAACAACAACAACUCCAGAAAUCCGACUUUUCCAAAGGUCCCAAAUACCGACCAGCCAUGGGUAGCAUCUCAGAGCCUCCAAAAACAUAUGGUACCUUCCGCUACAUAACGAAAGGCAUCAAACCAAUACCAAGCACCCAUUUCUACCACCUCCCCAGCCUUUCAGAAUUUAACGAUAUCCGCUCCCUCCCACUAAUCGACAUCCGUCCCUCCCUCUCCCUCGGCCCCAAAACACCUUACAAACUCUCCACCCACGGCUUCACUGCUGUGUAUUCCCCCAGCAUCUUAUCGUCUCCACCAUGUUCUCACCAAGACUGGAGCAAUGAGGAGCUGCUGAAAUCCACUUACAUUCCCGAGACUGAAGCGCUUUUACAACGCGUUACUGGGGCCAAGGCCGUACUGACAGAUUCGCUGGUUAUGAGGAGGACUCUACAUAGUGAAGUUGAUGGCCUUGCGAGAGAGGAGUCCGAAAAGGAGAUGAUGAUGUUUCUCAAAAUGGUGGGCACAAAAGCUGGGAGUGAGGGCAGUCCAGCGCCGAAAGUGCAUUUGGAUUACUCACCAAGCGGUGCGAGAACGCAUUUGAGAAAGUACCACCCUAAGACGAAGGAGUUUGCUAAGGAGAUUUUGGAGGCUGAAGACCGCUUGCUGGCGGAGGGGAUAAAGCCUGAGGAGAUAAAAGACAGGUAUCAGGGCUCGAGGUGGGCGAUGUUUAGUGUUUGGAGGCCGUUGAAGAGGGUGUUGAGGGAUCCAUUGGCGUUGUCGGAUGGUAAGACGUUUCCGAGGGAGGAUUAUGUGGAGUUUGAGGUGCGGGUUCCGAGCGGUGUGAGAGGGGAGGAGGAGGAGAAGGGACAUCCUGAGAAUGUGUACUUGGCAUAUGGGAGUGAUAGUCAUGAGUGGUUCUGGAUUGAGAAGCAAGAGCCGGAUGAGGUGCUUGUGAUACAGCUGUUUGAUAGUGAUGCGGAGAAGGAGGGAAGGGGUGGUGCUGGUGGGGUGAUGCAUUCUAGUGUCAGUAUUGAGGGGACGGAGAAUGAGGAAGCGAGGGAGAGCGUUGAGGUUAGGUGUAUUGCUAUAUGGUAACUAUACUGGACAGUGUUUGGAAGGAACCAGAUGCUGACCUAUUUCGGACACAUACUCUUCGUCCUCACAUCUGCGUCAAGACGCGCAUACGCAACGAUUUUGCUAGAUAGAAAAAGUUUUCCCGUAUUGAGCUCUACCAAACAAGUCUCCUCCAUGAAGCCAUUGUGAAGCGAGAACUGAGAUGUAUUGGCAUGUCUUGAAUUCAAGGGUACAGCGGGUCGAUACCAUUUCACACAGAACGACUGUCCUUGUGAUUGAAAGGGAAGUGACAAUCGAAUACGACCAUGACACUGAGACAUGCAACUCAGAAGUUUAAGUCACGUUUCAUGUCCAGAACUUCAAGUGAGUGCAACUAUUGGUGAGGCCAGCUCUUCCAGCAAUGAAAGAGAGAAGGGGGUGAGGAACGUGACAGCAGUUCCACGUGAUCAUACUUUGACCAGCUUUUCCCCAAAUAUCUCCAUCAGCGCUUCUCUUUGAACGAUAUCCAACUCAAAUGAAGAAAGAAAGAGAGAUGAAGCAAUUGAGUAACAAUGGACUGGAUCUGAACCUGAAAUCCCCACGUCGGGAAGCCAUGGAGACUUGGAGACUUGGAGACUUGGAGACUUGGAGACUUGGAGACUUGGAGGC